AUGAACUACCCAGCUCAACCAUUCACCAUCCCAGACUACAUGAGCCAACAGCCUUCACCCGCGAGCUCGACGUCUCCCGCGUCUCCUCGCAUGCAGGACUACAUUCAACAGCAUGCGCCGAACCCGUACAAGCAACUGCGGCCUCUGAAGUCCCCUCUCUACGUCCCUGCCGCCCUCCGGCCCACCGAGCAUUUCUGCAACCCAUCGCCCAUGACACCGCCCAAGAGUCUGCAUGGUUCAUUGGACAGUCUACAAGAGCCGGAGGCCCGGACCGCAAGUCCAGAGGUCCACCAUGAGUUGGGCCUGGACGCGUUUGACCAUGACUGGGCUCAAGAGGAAGAGUUAGGUGAAGUCACUGGUCCUCCCACAAGGGAUCAUUGGAAGCCCGACCAAGCUUCACCGACCUGCGACUCGCCCCAGUGUCGAUCGUCCUUCAGUCUCUUUGUCCGCAAACACCACUGCCGUCACUGCGGCCACAUCUUUUGCUCGUCACACGCUCCCUUUACAAUCCCCCUGGAUCAGUAUGCCAAGUUCCACCCGGAUGGCAGCCCGUCAAGAGCAUGCGAGGUCUGCCACCGUCAGUAUCAGCGCUGGGAUACUGCCAGGUCAAUCCGUCGCAAGAACAGCCAGAAUAGCAGAGAAGACAACGACAACAACGAGAGUGGCCCGCCAACCCCUCUGGCGGGACCAAGUGGCCACCGACGGAUGAUCUCCAGCGGCAUUCGUUCGGGCAAGCCGGUGGAACAGGUCGCUAACAGCGUACCCAAAGAUUGGGCCUGGAGCACAUUCUGA